AGAAGGAGGCCCAGAGCCGGCAGGGCCCGGACUCGGAGAAUUGCGGCGAGGCAGCCUGGCUCAACCUGUUGGACACUUGCAUCGUGCCCUGCCUGCACUCCUUCUGCCAGCGCUGCCUGCCCGCGCCCCAGCGCUACCUCAUGCUGUUGGCACCAGCACUGGGCUUGGCAGAGACCCCUCCACCCUCUCCCGCCCCCGCCCCCGCCCCAGGCUUCCUGGCCGGUGGUCCUUCGCCAUUCCCUACCCGAGUUGGAGUCAUUCGAUGCCCCGUGUGCAGUCAAGAAUGUGCUGAAAGACUCAUCAUAGACAACUUUUUUGUGAAGGACACCACUGAGGUUCCCAGUAGUACAGUAGAGAAGUCUAAUCAGGUAUGUACAAGCUGUGAAGACAAUGCAGAAGCCAAUGGGUUUUGUAUAGAAGAAGCUUUUCAGAAUCAAAAAGUGAUCAUAGAUACACUAAUCACCAAACUGAUGGAAAAAACAAAAUAUAUAAAGUAUACAGGAAAUCAGAUCCAAAACAGAAUAAUUGAAGUAAAUCAAAACCAAAAGCAGGUGGAACAGGAUAUUAAAGUUGCCAUCUUUACGUUGAUGGUGGAGAUAAACAAGAAAGGGAAAGUCCUGCUGCACCAGCUUGAGAGUCUUGAAAAGGACCAUAGAAUGAAACUUAUGCAACAACAGCAGGAAGUGGCUGGGCUUUCCAAGCAGUUAGAGCACGUCAUGCAUUUUUCUAAAUGGGCAGUUUCCAGUGGCAGCAGUACAGCAUUGCUUUACAGCAAGCGGCUGAUUACAUAUCAGUUAUGGCACCUUCUUCGUGCAAGGUGUGAUGCUUCUCCUGUGACCAACAAUACCAUCCAGUUUCACUGUGAUCCUAGUUUCUGGGCCCAAAAUAUUAUCAACUUGGGUUCUUUAGUAAUCGAAGAUAAAGAGAGCCAGCCACAAAUUCCUAAGCAGAAUCCUGUCAUGGAACAGAGUUCCCAGCCACCAGGUGGUUUACCUUCCAACCAGUUAUCCAAGUUCCCAACACAGAUCAGCCUAGCUCAGUUAUGACUGAAGCAUAUGCAGCAACAGCAUCCCCCACCAUGUUUAAUAAACUUCCAGAACCACAGUCCUAAACCCAAUGGACCAGUUCUCCCUCCUUAUCCUCAACAGCUGAGAUAUCCACCAAACCAGAAUGUGCCACGACAGAUAAUAAAACCCAACCCCCUGCAGAUGGCUUUUUUUGCUCAACAGGCCAUAAAACAGUGGCAGAUCAGCAGUGGACAGGCUCCGCCCACAACUGCCAGCAGCUCUUCCUCCACUCCUUCCAGUCCCACAAUCACAAGUGCAGCAGGAUACGAUGGAAAAGCUUAUAAUUCACCCAUGAUUGAUCUGAGCGCGCCAGUGGGAGGGUCUUACACCCUUCCAUCUCUUCCAGAUAUUGAUUGUUCAAGUACUAUCAUGUUGGACAAUAUUGCAAGGAAAGAUACAAGUGUAGAUCAUGGCCAGCCAAGACCUCCAUCAAACAGAACACUGCACUCACCAAAUUCAUUAGUGCCAUCUCCAGGCCUUGCAGGACCUGUUACUAUGACUAGUGUCCAUCCCCCAAUACGUUCACCUAGUGCCUCCAGUGUUGGGAGCCAAGGAAGCUUGAUCAAAUGGACACACAGGACCCAUAGGAAGGUGACCACAGAGAUUUGCAUGGCAAAAUUGUCCUUCAGGUUCCUGCUUCACAGAGCACUUGGGGUGAGUGAGGUGGGACAUGAGGAGGGGGAUGUUCAGGAGCCAGAAGAAGAAAUGCAGAGUGAGCAUCAUGUCCUGUCUCCAAAUCUCUAA